CAGAAGAUCCACGACGGAUUACCGCACCGGCCACCGACCAUCUGCUUUUAAGUGUUUCGUAAAGGUAAACACUAAAUAAUGAAAAAUAUUAUUUUCCAGGAGUAGUAGUCUGCCUCUGGUUUAUUUUUUAAACAUAACAUUUUUAAAUAGAUCAUAAUGUUCGCGAAACCCUACAAGUUAAAAUCUAACAACACUUUAAAAAAUACGGAAAAGAAACAUCUUUUGCACCGCUUACAAAAUGCCUUUCCUGCGGCAGAAGAAGACAAAAUUAAAGAGCUAAUACCAAUAAAAUCGACAAGUAGUUUGAUGAAAUUAAUUGUUCAUUCUGGUGAUACUGUUGGUGUGUAUGUUGUGGACAGUUUUCCUAUAAUGAUAGAAAUUGAAGAGACAUUAAUUCCCACAGUAUGUGCAUUGUGGAAAUAUCCAGAACUGAUACCAAACAUAGUCAUUCAUUCUCCAGUACUUAACAAGGUUAAAGGUGGUGCACCACUAUAUGUCCCAGGAGUAGUUACAGAUCCAUCACACUUCCCCCGGUUCUCCAAAGGCUCCCUGGUUUCAGCCUCAACAACUGACAAUGCAGCAGCCUGUAUAGUUGGAAAAGCUACCAUGUCUUCUGGAGAUCUUCUAGUAGCAUCUAUGGGAGUCUGUAUGGAUAUCUUACAUGUAUUUGGUGAUCUUCUUUGUAAGGAAAUAAAGUUUUCUAAAAUUGAGCGUCCAAAGUUCGAACACAUAAUAGCUAGCAAUAUUGAUAAUAUAACUGUUUCUAUUGAUAAUCUUAAUAUUCAUCAUAAGUCAGAGGAGUGGCCAAGUUUAGUCAGAACAGAGCCCGCACCUGUCCGCAAUGAGCCUAGAGUUAUAGUGGAGCCACCUGAACCUGAAAGAAUAGAUGAGAAAGAGGGUGUUAACAGUCUACCUGAAGAUGAUAGUUUUGCUGCAGAAAAUUCUGACAUAGAGGAUACAAUACCAAGUGACAUGGAUGGUUUGCUGCGUUGGUGCCUACUCUCAUUCCUCAGGGUGCAUGGAUCCCAUAUCGAGCUGCCUCUUAAAACUAACCUAUUAUACAAGAAGUAUUUAAUGCCGUUUUGUCCAGAAGAUAGAACACUGGAUGUGAAGAAAUCUACCUACAAGAAAAUGGGCAAGUUUUUAGAAGCCAUGCAGCGGGAGGGUCUGGUGGAAGUGCGCGAGCUGGAGCCCGGCGUGGACGCGUUAACGAACGUGUCGGUGACGCACCCCGCAGUGCGCGCGCACCCCGUGCGGGUCGCUCCGGCCUCUACUCCCGCCCCCGACGCGCUUGACUAUGUCCCACCCGUCGUGCGUGAAUUGUACUGCGUCACCGCGCACGUGGCCGACCUACUCGCGCCCCAUAGGAAGGGCACAGCACUGGCUACUAGUGAGGUGCGCGCCGCGGUCCGCGAGUACGUCAAAGCGCGGCAACUUGACGCCAAUAAGGGUGCGCCUACACUGGACGCCACUCUGGCCCGCGCGGCUGGCAAACGCGAACAGGAGCAGGUGAAAUGGGACGAGUUAAUGAACUCGAUUCUGGGCAGGAUGACUGCGAGUACCGAAAUGAGAUACGCCGAUGGAACUACCAAGAUUGUGAAAACCAAACUCGACCCGAUCAAAAUGCAAGUUGUUACGAGAAGUGGAAAUAAAAAGGUGACACUGGUGUCCAACCUGGAGCCGUUCGGGUUCGUGCUGGUGCCUCUUGCACAGCAGUGCCAACGUGCCGUGGGAGCCUCGUGCGGGGUCACGCGAGCCGCCUCCGCCACCAGCGACCAGCUCAUGCUGCAGGGUGAUCAGACACAUUUCAUGGCAAAACUGUUAAUCGAAAAGUAUGGACUACCCAAGAAGUUUGUUGAAGGAGCUGACAAGGCACUCAAUAAGAAGAAGUGAUACUGAUAUUUUGUAUAUUAUAACUGUUAUAUCAAAUAAAUGUUCUACAUGAUUGCUGA